CGGCUGACCUUAUUGGGCCGUCCCACUAGCUGAAACGGGCACGCGGCUGAAUAAGUUGUACAAGGAAACCCGAUGCAAAGAAACAGAAAACGCGCUAUCACCCGCGCAAAUCCGAGUACCCGACGAAAUCUUAAACCCGCUCGAAGUCGGAGACGAGCGUAACUUGAAUCAGUGUAUAAAGGCAGGAGAGACCCGCGAGGUUGCCCUGCAGUUCCAUUAGACUGUUCUUGUGUUCCGAUCCCAGACGCUUUCCGCCGCGGAUGAUGCCGAGCAUGGCAUCGAUCUUGCCGGCGCGCGGGGGCGCAAUGCCGUCGGGGAAUCAAGCUUUCGACUACUUCUUGGUGGUGGACUUCGAGGCGACCUGCGAGAAAGACAAGCGGAUCUACCCGCAAGAGAUCAUCGAGUUCCCCUCGGUUCUCGUCAAUGGCACCACCGGCCGCAUCGAGUCCGCCUUCCGAAGAUACGUCCGUCCCAAGUACCGCCCUGUGCUGACGGAGUUUUGCGGGGACCUCACCGGCAUCCAUCAGGAGGACGUCGACGGAGGCGUGGAUCUCGGGGAUGCGCUCUUGCUGCACGACUCCUGGCUCAAGGCGGCAACGGGAGCCAGGAAAUGCAUCCGCUUGGCCGUCGUGACCUGGGGCGACUGGGAUUGCCGCACCAUGCUCGAAUCCGAGUGCCUCUUCAAGGGGAUCGCCAAGCCCACCUACUUCGAUCGCUGGAUCAACCUCAGGAUCCCAUUCGCGGCGGCGCUCGGCACCGGAGGUCGGACCACUUUGCAGGAGGCGGUCCGGGCGGCGGGGCUCGAGUGGGAGGGCCGCCUGCACUGCGGGCUCGACGACGCGCGCAACACCGCGCGCCUUCUCGUCGAGCUCAUGCGGCGCGGUGCCAAGAUCGAGAUCACCGGCUCGCUGGCACCGCCGCCGAUCCAAGAGCACGAGCAGCAACAACAACAACAGAAACCUCACGUAAGCCCGCGCUGGAUUACCAGCUCGCCGAUCCAUCAGCAGAAGCCUCACAUAAGUCCGUGCGGUGGCGCCUUGGGGGCGUGCUUCUGCUACUGUGGGGUGGCAAGCAGAGGAGGCGUUGUAGCUGUGCCAGGGCCAAUGCAGGGGAAGUGCUUCUUGGGGUGUGGCAACUGGACGCCGGCCAUGGGAGCCUUCUGCCCCUACUUUGUCUGGAGCAACUGAACGAGCAACUUCCACUGAUUGAGAUUUCAGACAAAGUUCAGAUGAUUGCUUGUGUUAACUGUAACAGUUGUCAAGAAUCGAUCGCAGCUUAAUUCUAGAGUGAAUUGGUAGCUGAGAUGAAUGUGACCUAGAUACUCUUAGCUUAGAUGAUUCUUACUGUGAGACCUAGCUAUCAUAGCCUCGGCUGAUUCUGUGUGAAUUGGUCACUCCAACCUAUCUAUUUUUUUAUGUAAUCGGUCUCUGAACUAUUAAAAUUUAAUAUAGAAGAUUUGAUUUAAGUUUCAUACUGUACUUCUUUCUUCAAUAUCGAGCAGCAAUUUUCUUCUAAUU